AUGAAGUUUUACAAUCCGAAGUUCUGCUCACAGUUCUCCAAGGGUGUCUAUGCCAUCUUUGGAUUUUACGAGAGGAGGACCGUCAACAUGCUCACGUCUUUCUGCGGGGCUCUCCACGUCUGUUUCAUAACACCCAGCUUUCCUGUCGAAACAUCCAACCAGUUUGUUCUCCAGCUUCGCCCAGAGCUCCAGGAUGCCCUCAUCAGUGUCAUCGAACAUUACAGCUGGCAAAAGUUUGUGUACAUUUAUGACGCUGACCGGGGGCUGUCAGUCCUACAGAAAGUGCUGGACACUGCAGCCGAGAAGAACUGGCAGGUGACAGCUGUCAACAUCCUGACGACAACAGAAGAGGGCUACCGCAUGCUGUUCCAGGAGCUGCAGAAGAAGAAGGAGAGACUGGUGGUGGUGGACUGUGAAUCUGAGCGGCUGAACAUCAUCCUUAGCAAGGUCGUGUCAGCGCGGGUCUCCUGGGAGGUGCUUGCAUGCAGAAUGGGGAGGGUUGUUUCUUUCAGAGUUGUUUUUCUUCCCAUUCUGAUAUGAUCCGUGUCUCAUCAC